UCCCUUGGUUCAAGACUCGCUUCUGCACAGUGUGAAGUUUAUGGCAUUGACAUUCAAAAUGGAGGCACCUACUUCGAGAACAGCGAAUUGACCGUUCCCUUCUCACUCGUCCAGGAGUUUUCUGGGUGCCAGAAUGAUACCGCCAAUAACAUUCUUGUGGAUCCCAAUGGCGACCAAUACGAAUGCUCAGACACACCUUUAGUUCCUGCCUACACGCCAGAAACAGUAACCUGCAGCGACUGGCCUCAAGACAAGUUAUAUUCCGGCGACUGGAGUCUAGUUGUUAUCUCCAACAACGGCGACGGCUCUCCCAUAGCUUACCAAAGAGAUUUCAGUCUCACAGUGGGAACACCAACAACAGUAACCAUUACACCCACCGUCACA